CGGUGCUGACGCCAUCAGUGCGCGCGGCAGAGGUGCGGGGCGAUGGCUCCGUCGCGGAAGCGGCGGCCCAAGGGGCAGCUGGGGGCGGCGGAACGGGCCAAGAGACCCCGCGGAGAUGGGCGGCAGCUGGAGGCCGGCAUGCACGGCAUCCUCAUCACCUGCAACAUGAACGAGCGCAAGUGCGUGGGGGAGGCCUACAGCCUCCUCGGAGAGUACGGGGACCUCCUCUACGGGCCCGAGCAGUUUUCAGAUCAGGAGGAGCAGAUGCCUGGAAGCAGGAAGGAGGAGGAUGAGGAUGAUGUUGAGGCUGCCCUGAAGAAGGAGGUGGGGCAGCUCCGUGCCUCAGCGGAGCAGAAGCUGCAGCGGUUCCAGUCAGUGGAGAGUGGUGCCAACAACGUGGUGUUCAUCAGGACCCAAGGCAUAGAACCUGAGAACCUGGUGCACCAUAUUUUAAAGGACAUGCACACCACUAAAAAGAACAAAACAAGAGCAAUCCUGCGCAUGCUCCCUGUCUCUGGAACCUGCAAGGCUUUUAUGGAGGAUAUGAAAAAAUACACAGAAACCUUUUUUGAGCCUUGGUUUAAAGCCCCUAACAAGGGGACUUUUCAGAUUGUUUACAAAGCUCGAAAUAACAGUCAUAUGAGUAGGGAAGAAGUCAUUAAGGAACUGGCAGGAAUUGUGGGCAGCCUCAAUCCAGAAAACAAAGUUGAUCUUAAUAACCCAGAGUAUACCAUUCUGGUGGAAAUAAUAAAAACAGUCUGCUGCUUGAGUGUGGUGAGAGACUAUGUCCUGUUCAGAAAGUACAAUCUGCAGGAGGUGGUGAGGAGCAAUAAAGAAGACACACAAAAAAACCCAUCCAGCCUGACAGAAGAACAGAACUCCAAGGUAGUAAAACCAGAAACUGAGGAAGAGAAAAGCUCCAAAGAAGUAAAACAAGAGAACAAGAAUCAAGGUGAAACAGAAGCUGAGCCCAAGGGGAAUGAUACACUGCUGGUGUAGAAAAUGUGGUAUAAGGGAAAGGUAAACACAGGGAAAACUUAAAAAAAAGUUGCCUGAGGGUCUAAAAGGGCAUUUUAAAGAAGAAAGUGGGUUUUGUUUUGAAAUCUUUUUUUUUUUUUAAAUCCACAUGUGUAGGAAUUUCAGUGCUCCCUGCAGGUGGAGCUGACAUUGCAGCAGAUAGGAGUUCCCAGGAGUGCAGUCACCUUUGUGGUGAAGCUUCCUGUCACUCUCCUGUGGCUUUGUUCUGCAUUCUCUGGACCUAGCACAACAUGCAGAAGUGUGUGCAUGUGCAUGCACGUGUCAUUGUGGCCAUCCUGACAUCCUGACCCUCCCUUCUUGUAUCUGCUGGUAUAUUUGCUGCUCUUUCCAAAGACUUAAUACAUGGGGAGGGGGGGUCAUUAUGUCUUUUUUUGUUUAUAUUUUUUCUUAGGUAUCAAAAUUUGAAUUUAAAUACUGUUUGGAUACUCCUUAUGAAAGGAGCUCUCCAUUAUGCCAUACUGGAUAAGGGGAGUUAAGGUUAAUUUUUUUGUAGUUUUAGCUUUACAGCAUUCAUUUUGUUUCAUAUUGAAAGUAAUAUCAGUGAUUCUUUCUGUUGUCUGUUACACCAAUUCUUGAUAUCCCAGUGACUUCUAAAAAAACCUGAAGUAGUGCAGCUGUAACCUGCUUUCCAGAAGGGAUGUGAGUAUGCUUCCUAUUCAACUCUCUAACUUUAGUCUUUAAUUUCUAGCAUAAAAGCCUGUGGUUUGCUUAUGGAAAAAGAAUUAUCUUGAAGAACACCACUUGUUCAAUUGUCUUGUUUUAGUGAAAAGGAUGUGUUCAAGUCUCCCAACAGCAUUUAAUUUAUAUUUGACUAUUUUCUCAAAGUUGUUUUACAAGUUGGAAAAUUAAGAUGAAUUUUCUUCUCUAAUCCUGUCUCCCUUUCUUCCAUUUAUUAAAACUGCUUUCUUACCUCCA